CACAGGAAGAUGGCGCUCCCCGCGGCUGCGGACCGGCGCGGCUCAAGUCUGACAACGACGAGCAGCAGCUGCGCCUCAAUAACCACCGGAGCGAGCUGGGGAGCUUGGAGCUGCCUCAGGAAGCCGAGAGCGAGGGCAUCCCUCUCCACACACGCCGUGGACCUUCUGGUUGGACAGGUCUCUUCCUGGGACAACCGCAGCAGAAUGUGAAUCAAACCUGAAGAAGAUAUACACGGUGCACACGGUACAGCGUUUCUGGAGUGUGUAUAACAACAUCCCUCCUGUGACAAACCUACCUCUAAGAUGUAGCUACCACUUAAUGAGGGGAGAAAGGAAACCACUAUGGGAGGAAGAAAGCAACGCUAAGGGAGGUGUAUGGAAAAUGAAAGUCCCUAAAGAAAGCACAGCAUUGGUUUGGAAAGAACUGUUGCUAGCUACUAUUGGAGAGCAGUUUACAGAUCGUUGUUCAGCAGAGGAUGAGGUAAUUGGUGUCAGUGUGAGUGUACGUGACCGUGAAGAUGUUGUCCAGGUGUGGAAUGGAAAUGCCGGUGUAGUUGGUGAAGCCACAGUCCUAGAAAAGAUCUACGAGCUUCUGCCAAACACAUCUUUUAAAGCUGUAUUUUAUAAGCCUCACGAAGAGCACCAUGCAUUCGAAGGUGGCCGUUCAAGACACUAG